AUGGCCUUCAAGAACGGACUAAGUGAACGUCUCGAUGAGCUCCGAUUUCCCUCUCCGCGCUCGCCCCCGUCAGAGACUCCUUUUCCUGGUUACUCUUCACUUUCACCCGGCCAUUCAAGUUUCGUUUCAGCGUUUCCGAGACCUACAGGCGAAGUUCGUGCGAACCUUCAACGCCGCUUUACAACAGACGCAAGCAAGCUAUCUUCUUGGAGCUAUGUGAACAAUGUCCAACCCGCUCCUGCUCCUCAGAUACCCGAUCCGCUAGAUCUACUCUCAUCAUUUGAAAAGAAACGCCAGCAUAUUGAAUAUAUGCGAGAACAGAAGCGAAGAUUUGAAGAAGACAUGAAACUUCUUGACUUGCAACACGAGAGAGAGCAGUUGGAGAUGAAUCAGCUUGCCAAAGAUCUUGCUAAAGCAGGGAUUUCUGGUCCCUCCAGCGAGCCUACGACUCCCCCAGAGUCUCGCGAGAACGGCUUUCCAGGUGCCUUCUCUCGGCCUACUCGCUUUUCAACUUCCAGUGUUACCUCAUCUCCUGGGUUCUUCAACGUUUUCGCGUCUUCAGUUACCAGUCCUCCAAGUCAAAUGAAUCACGACUCAGCCCAGACCACACCCAACCGCUUCGCUGUUCAUUCAGUCCCCGGGUCUCGCAGGAACUCUGAGAAAGAGGACUUUGGAAACGAGCCUACAUCCCCAUUCCGCCCUGGGCCUUCUAUUCACCGCUAUUCUAUGCCCUCGUCGGGCUUGGGCUCUCAAAUUCGUCCUGGCAACUCUGGAUUCAACAAUUCUUCUACCUUGGAUACGUUCAACGCAGCCAAGUACUUGCUCCACAACAACGACGACGAUCGAUCCACUUUAAAGGAAGAAGAUAGGAUUCCAACCCCGGACAUCAAGAGCUACCUCAAGUUGACUGAAACGGACGAUAAAUUCCCAACCCUAUCUCGUAGCAACGGCUCAAGCUUGCUCUCAGCAAAUUCGGACGCCUUGGACCUGGCGAACUCUAAGACUCCCAACCCAGAAACCUGGAAUACUCACAAUCGUCAUCGUUCUUCGCACCAAAGCAUGCCGCAAAACGCCCUCAACAUGUUUCGUCUCGGCCAUAUUGGCGGCUCGCCCGAAGAAUCACACGUUGCUCAACCAAAUGGAUCUAGACAUGCUGCAAGACACUCACUCGAAGCAAACGUGUUGUAUGCCGCAGAGCAUAACCACGAGGCUACCACGCCCACCGCAGCAAACCGUCCGGCUCCCCUACAAUCAUCCUACUCAACUAAUGAUUUGCCUACUGUUAAGGACGAUGGGUUCAACCCCGCAAUUACUCCCCCAAAUACUCACGCAGAAAAGUUCCACAAGCACAACGCGAGUCUUGGCCGAAUCCCACCUAACGCUGUGACCCCUCGCCAGAAGGACUCUCCAGAGCGUGAGGAGGUGAAGCCAAACCAGUCCAGGCACCAGCCAACCAUGUUACAGCCGAACGCUACGCCGUUCGGACCACAACUAGGCGCUGCAACAUCCGGUAACACAGCAGUGCCACAGACCUCCCUAGCCGGUUUCCAGCCACCGUUUUACGGCUACGGGGCCCAGGCCUAUAUGGGGGCGCCUAUGCAGGUCAAUGGUCAAUACAACCCGUCGCCUUCAUUUGCGGGUGGUUAUCCAUCCUACGGAAACUACCGCCUGGGAGAUAACUCGACCAAGCCCGUGGGAUCUCGUAGAAAUACUGAAGGAGACUCAUCCCAACUUUCCCGCUUUACCAAUUACCCCAUUGAACACUACCGUGGCGAAAUAUACGGUCUUUGCAAAGACCAGCACGGCUGCCGAUAUUUGCAGAGGAAGCUUGAGGAACGCAACGCCGAACAUGUCCAAAUGAUCUUCGACGAAACCCAGUUGCAUGUCGUCGAACUUAUGACCGAUCCUUUCGGCAACUAUCUAUGCCAGAAACUUCUUGAAUACUCCAACGACGAACAACGCACAGCUUUGAUCAACAGCGCCGCGCACCAACUCGUCAAGAUUGCGUUGAACCAACAUGGUACCAGAGCUCUUCAAAAGAUGAUUGAGUUCAUCUCUACCCCUGAGCAGACGCAAACAGUCAUCCAUGCACUAAAGGAUCAUGUUGUGGAGCUGGUCCAGGAUUUGAAUGGUAACCAUGUCAUCCAGAAGUGCCUCAAUCGUCUUUCUGCAGAUGACUCCCAAUUCAUCUAUGAUGCUGUCGGUGCCAACUGCGUGGUGGUUGGUACUCAUCGACACGGUUGCUGCGUCCUUCAGCGCUGCAUAGAUCAUGCAUCCGGAGAACAGAGAGCCCGUUUAAUCGCUCAGAUAACCUCCAACGCAUUUGCGCUCGUUCAAGAUCCGUUCGGCAAUUACGUUGUACAGUAUAUCCUUGAUCUGUCCGAAGCCCACUUCACAGAGCCUCUUUGCCAGGCGUUCCGUGGAAAUAUUCCCGCUCUUUCCAAGCAAAAAUUUAGCUCGAACGUGAUCGAGAAGUGCCUGCGCACGGCCGAGAUGCCGGUACGCUGCCUAAUGAUUGAUGAAAUGCUGUCGGGAGUUGAGCUGGAGAAAAUGCUACGUGACUCAUUCGCAAACUACGUGGUGCAGACCGCCAUGGACUUUGCCGACCAAGAAACUCGGACCCGCAUUGUUGAAUCCGUGCGCCCUAUCCUACCUUCCAUCCGCCAAACGCCUCAUGGACGCCGCAUUGCUGGUAAAAUGAUGGCAGUUGAGACCUCUGGAAGAAGCAGCGCUGCAACGAGCGGCCAGGUCACACCCAAUGAAAUGAACUCCGCACAGCUUCCAGGACCUUUGCAGACACCUCAGAAGUCCUUCAUGUACCAACAUAACCCAUUUCCUGUUUCUGCCGGAGGCGCACAAUUUGGAAACCAGAGCUAUGUUCCUGGGACUGGCACCGGCUCCUCGAACACACCAUCUGGAGCUAGUGAAAACUCCUCUGGUAUCUAUAGUGCUUCCUCCGUCCCGCAACAGAACGGCAAUCUUGGAGCCCAGAAUCAGGUGUAUGCUUCAUACUUCUGA